CUGAGUGAAAUGAGUGCCACCGCCUGGAAGCCAGAGCCCUGCCCCGAGGAUAAUGAUGAUGACCACGGGGAGCCCAAGAAGCAGAAGAAGGAGGAGGCGAGUGGAUGGGUCUCGACCAGGCGAUACGCUAGAAUUCCCCUUAAAAUCCUAGCUGCUCUGGUCACUGUGUAUGUGUGCAUGUUGUCCUCGGAGCGCUACUUCUACUACUGGGUGCAGACCUCCAUCGAAAGGACCGAUAUGCAUGUGUCCGAGAUCGACUUCCCAGCCGUGACCAUCAUUCCGAUCCAUCUUCGCAGCCUGCAAGAAGCGAAGCUCUCCGAGGCCUAUAAUUUGGUUCAGUCCGUGAUCUGGCAAACGCCGAUGUCGGCUCGCCUCACGGAGGACAACUUCACGGAGUUCGCCUACUUGGACAGCUGGGACAUGAACUCCUGGGACAUCUACCAGUCGCUGCAGGUCAACUGCCAGCACUUCUUCAUCGAGUGCCAGUGGCGUCGCCAGGCCGUGAACUGUUGCGACCUCUUCACACCCACCAAGACCUUCAAUGGCUUCGCCUUCGAGUUCAACUCACUGGUCUCCUCGGGAAAGGUGGACACUUGGCCCUGGUCCGUGGCUGCAUCGGGAUCCCACAGUGGGCUGUAUGUGAAGAUCAGGCGGCAGCAAGGUGUGUAUACGUUGAACACACUGGGGGUGAUAGUGCACGAGCCCACUCAGUACCUGGGCAUGAGCAUUGACUACUCCUCGGAGGAUCGCAUUGUGGUGCCGGUGGAACCACUCCGUUUCACUGCCGAGCUGGAGGUCCGUUCCCGUCCUGUGCAAAUGCGUCGUUGUUACUUUGCGAAUGAAAUCCCAGAGGGGAGCUCGCGUUCGGAGUGCAUCUACAAGUGCCACUUCAACUACAUCUUGAGCAAGUGCAACUGCUCCUUGGAACUGCCUGUGAAGGCCACUUUGGAUGAAGACAACAUCACGGAUGCCAAGGCAAGCAACGGGCGUAGAAUCUGCGGUGUCAAGGAUCUGUCCUGCUUCAAUAAGCACAGACUGUCCCUCUUCUCCAUGAGCAACAUCAUCGAAGAGUCCCGGGACAACGUGUUCACCACCGUGGACUGCGGCUGCUUUCCCCAGUGUGAUCACACCCAGUACCACACGUCGACCUACACGGAGAAGCUGAGCACCCACAGCACCCAUGGGGCGGAGAUCGAGAUAGAUGUGUACUUCCAGGAGGAGACCCUAUUCUCCUACCGCUCCGUGCUCCGUUUCACCCUGAUCGACCUGAUGGUUUCCUUUGGAGGAAUAGCUGGCCUGAUCAUGGGCAUCUCGGUGCUGGGUUGCUUCAACAACAUCUUGGAUCACUUCGCCUGUUGUCGCAUACCACAAGGUUCCUAGGCCCAAAGUGGUGCCAUGAAAUCCCAGCUGGGUUCUCACGUUCCCAGACUUACCUGUAAUCCAAGACAAUCGGCAAAUGCACCACUCACCUGGUUCCUGGGAUGCGCACAUAAACAACUCGAGAAAACAAAACGCAUUCGGAGAACUACCUGCUCGGGCAGUGGAAAAUUUUCAGGUGCAGCCCCAACCAGACAUAACAAAACUAUAGGCUUUCUUCACGUGCACUCAGCAAAACGAAUGGCAUAAAAGUGUUGUU